AUGCAGGCUGCCAUGGCCGGCCAGGGGGACAGCCCCACCAGCCCCAUCGACGUGCUGGUGGCGGUGACCGCCAGCCGCCGGCUGAGCAUGGGCGGCCGUCCCUCGGGCACCCUGUCUGCCACUCGGCUGGGCAGCGUGUCGGAGGAGUAUCCCGUGCACGGGGGCAAGGAACCCAGCUGCGGCAGCGGCUCUCUAGAGAGGCCCAACACGGCGGACGCCUCCAGCAAGAGUGGCUCCCUGCUGGGCUCGCCACCAGCCAAAGGCAUCGGCGGCGAGCGCCUGCUCAGCGGCGUGCCACUGCAAGACCUCUUCAUCCUCACAAACGACCCCCUGCUGCAAAAGCGGGUGAUGAAGGCGGACACAAACAGGGAUGGGCGCAUCGGCCGCCGCGAAAUCCUGAAUGCCAUCCAGAGCGAGGCCACAGCCAAGAAGAAGCUGAAGUGGGGCCUGAUCAUCGGCGGUGCGCUGCUGGUGUUCUGCCUGCUGAUGCUGGCGGCCAACGCCGCUCUCACAUACGUGGUUGUCAGCAUGAGCAAGGACACGAGCGUGCAGACCAGCGGCGUGAUGACCGACAAGAGCGGCUCCACCGUCGUGGGCACGGCGGUGGCAGCGGAAAUAACCGACCUCUUAUACGCCUACCACACGCCCGCCGACGCCGCGGCCUCGCUGCUGGGCCUCAAGGAGCUGCUGAUCACCACCGGCAACGACACGGUGGCCGCCUACCAAGUGCUGUCGGCCAGCCUCGUGACCGGGCAGCGCCUGGACUUUGUGGUGGCGGCGCCGACGCACGAUGCCGGCGCGGCGGGCGGCACGGCGGCCGGCCGGCCCGCCGCCGAGCUGAUGCGAAUCGUGAUCAGCGAGGCGGGUGUGUUUGAGGUCCGCGGCGGCGGCGACGGCGGCGACGGCCAGGGCGCGGGCUCCGGCCGCCGCCUGCUGCAGCAGCUGUCCAACGGCCAGCUGGCCAACCCCAAAGUGCAAGGGCAGCUGUCCAGCACCGCGACCAGCACCUGCGGCACCUCUGGCGGCACCUGCUCCCCGGGCACCGCAUCGGUCGGCUGCCCACGCGUCCCCACCUGCGGCACCAACCGAGUGAGGUACGGUUCUCCCUGCGAGGCCCGCCUGGCGGGCACCUCUGUGCUGUGCUCCAACUGCGGCAACCCCUGCCCAGAUCCGGCGACCUACCGGCCUUCAGGACUGCCGCCCAACCUGUCUUGGGAUGGGCCCGGCUUUGUGCGGACCAGCCCGCCGCCGCCCCGCGGCGGCACAGCCUCCGCAGCCGGGCAGCCUGACGGCACCCCGGGGGGGAGCGCCGGCCAGAAUGGCCAGGCUGGCAGCAACGGCAAUGGCGGGGUCGGCAGCGGCGGCAGCCCCGGCACCGGCACGCGCCCGUCUGGCUGGCCGUCCAAUCUGGCGAUCGACGGCGUGGGCUUUAAGUCGCCACCGCCUCCCAAAAAGAGCUGA